AUUAAGCAAAGUUAAUACAUUAUAUCCCAUACCUGAGGAAAAUGGAUUUGGUUUCAAACCAUGGAUACGAUGAUCUUGCUUUUGCUCUCGAGAAGCUCUUCGGGUGCACCGGAAUCGGAGUUGUGGCCUUGAAGGAUGGAGAAAAGUGCGAGUACGUUACUAUCUACGAGGAUAAGGAUGGAGACUGGAUGCUAGCCGGAGACGUGCCGUGGCAGAUGUUCAUUGAAUCGUGCAAGCGGCUGAGGGUCAUGAAGCGAUCGGAUGCGACUGGCCUCGGUCUGUGCAGCCUAGAGGACUAGGAAAUUCCACAGAUCGAUCGAGAGUGGCUUCGACCAGAAUCGCCAUCCGCGAAACCGCUUAAUUUAACAAAAAUUCUCAGACAUUAGUACGAUUUUCUACCAUGUUUCCGUGUUAUGAUUGUGUUGUAAGAUGGAUGUUCAGCAUAAUUCUUCAACAGACAAACUAUACAUACAUAUUACUAU